CGCAAUCACAUCUAUAUAUUGAUUCGCUUUUUGCAUUAAAAAAUCCAACACAACUACCCUAUCUCUUUUCUAAUGUAAUUAUUUCUAACUUUAAAACAUUUUCUUCCACUGUUCCACGCACACACCCACCAUCCAACACUCACACACACCUUCUCUCUAAAGUAAGAACCAGAAUCUACUCGAAGGGGCAGCGCGCGGUAUGUUGUCCUCUCCUCAUCGUCGUCGUCGUCGUCGUUCGUGUUGUCGUGACGUGCAAAUCGGCAAAACUCGAACUCGAAGUCUCGAACUCGUCUCGGCCGCUCGCUGUCGCUGCCGCUACGAUUUUUUCAUUUUCAUAUUUCGUUUACUGCAACAGCAGCACUUGUGUGUCGACCGUAUUCGAGUGAACAAGUUUUCUACGGAGUGUGUUGUUUGCCUCACAAUAUUAUUAUUAUUUGAAUUUCCAUCCACUCCGUGUUUUGUCGUUCGUGUAUUGUGUUUAACUUGGCAACACUACUAAAAUAAAUUCAUAACGACACGACGUAACCGCAAAAGAAAAAAAUAUAUAAAAAUUAAAACAAAAAAUUUUACAACUUACCUCCAGUCUUUUUUGAGAGAGAGAAUUGAAUGCUUAUUUCAUGUUCAUUAAACUACGUUGUGUGCUCUCAAACAAACGUUGUAUAACAAAUUAAUAAAAUAAUUUUCAAUUGAUUUUAAAGAGAAAAUCUAACUAAAUUUUUAUUUUAACGUGGCCCCCGCCAAGUUCCCUCUCUCCUCGCGCAAUCAGAAAAAAAAAAGAAAAUUAUACCCAAAACAAAACCAGAAGUGCCUGCACAUAGUUUUGCCUUUGCAACGAUUUCACCUCAAUUUUGUACUGUGUGUAAAACUGCAGCUUAGAAACUUAAAACUAGCCCGCCUUCCGCUCGCCGCCGCACCAAGUUUUUUUUUAAACAAACAACAAAAAAACCAAAACCAUUUUUAGUGGAUUUUCUUGUAAGAAUUCCAAAUUCAAUAGAAAGAAAAAAAUCUUGAAUAUUGUAAUAUCAAUCAUCGUGUAAAUCGAGUCUAACCACCAACACAAAUGCCAUUCGACUCGUACAACAAGUGCCAGUGUCAUUGUGGUAGUGUGCAUAACUAAAAAGGUUUUUUUUUUAGUUUAAAUUAAAACUAAAAAAAAAAAAAAAGUUGAAUAAAACCAACAUAAAACAUAAAAUAUUUAAGGAACACAAAAUCACUGCUUGCUUCGCUGUGACUCAUAAAAGUGAAAUGAAAAUGAGGAUUAAACGAGAAUCGCCUUGCCUAGUUCUCAGGUUUAGGCCUGUUAGCAUAAUUCCUACCCAUAAGGACUACAACAGUAAUAAACGUCAGUCGACGAGUUCAAAUGAAGAAGAAGCCUCCGGUAGCCGGGUACCCCCUUUAAUGAGGAGUUGCUCUAGUCCAGCCAUAUACGACAUUGAGACUCAUCCUGCGUCACCCGUAUUCCCGCACCUGCUCCUCGGUAAUGGAAAGGACGCAGAUAAUCCUGAAGGUGUUGGCGCAAAUUGGGUAUUGAAUGUUACCUGCCAAGCACCAAGUACAAGCCCGCAACCGGGAAUGAAAUAUAAGCAAAUACCUGCCAGUGACACGCCCCAUCAGAACAUCAAACAGUACUUCCAAGAGGCGUAUGAUUUCAUCGAAGAAGCACGAUCAAAAGGUUCAACUGUCCUCCUCCAUUGUCAUGCGGGUAUUUCACGUAGUGCAACAAUUGCUAUCGCCUAUGCCAUGCGUUACAAAUCCUUGUCUCUUAUCGAAGCCUAUAAACUUGUUAAAGGCGCUCGACCAAUUAUAUCACCCAAUCUUAAUUUCAUGGGUCAAUUAUUAGAACUUGAACAAAGUUUACGUGCAGCUGGUGUAUUAGAGCCAUUAAGUCCAACAACAAAUCCAACAACUAGUCAAAGUGCCCCAACGUCUGACAAUGAAAUGGAAGAAAGUGACGCAGAGGAAACAUUGCAAUGUCCUCGGUUAUCAUUUUUAACCUUUGAUUCAGAUAGUUCAUCAUCAACGUCAUCUGGAAUUGCCGAAACAGUUGAAUCGGUACCAAGUUCUACAACAACCUCCUCAGUGUCAUCAUCAUGUUCGUCAUCGCCAGUAUCAACAACGGUGCCGAGUAUAUUUUCCACCAAUAAUAAUACAGUGGUUGGAGAUCAGUGUAAUGCUCCUCCAAUAUUGAUGUCCUUAGCGAACAAUUAAUUGAUGAUGAAAGAGACAUCAGAAUGAGAGUAUAUAUUAGAGAAGCGUAAACAGAGACAGAGACAAAACAUAUUUUACUAUGAUGGUUGUCCUACACCGGAGAGACCAAUGCAAACAUUGUUCUAGAAACAUAAAGUUGCUAGAUUAUAUUAAUUUUAAGUUCGAUAAAUUUUUAAAAUGAAAGAAAGAGAAAAAAGAAACAAAUGUGUUUAGUAUGUGAAUAUCUUAUUUCGUUUUUGUAAAAUAGAUUAAUUUUUGUUGUUGUAUAAAUGAGAAAUAUCCCAAAACCCCUCCUUUCCCCCCUCCUUUUCCCCUUCUUAAAUUAACCUAAAAAAAAAACUCUUGUAACUAAAUGAGACAAUACAUAAAAAAAAAAUAAUGAUGAGCGAUGAAAUUCUUGUGCAUAGUUUGUAGUUUAUAUAUAAAAUAAUCAUACAUAUAUAUAUUUUUAAUUUAUUGAAUUAUAAAGUAAAUCCUUAUUAUUUUUGCGAUUGUUUCUUUUAGUAGUAUAGUAGAAUAGGAAAUUUUGAAAAAAAAAAAAUUAAAAACAAAAAAAUAUUGAUCUAGGUACUUAACUACAAUUUUUCAAAAUUAAAAGAAAAAUAUUUUUCUAAAUUGCAUAUGAAAAAAAAAAAAAACAGAAUUCAGAGAUUAAAAAAAAAGAGUUUUAUACUUUUUUUUACCAGAAACUAACACUGGCCUUAAAUGAAACUGCAGACAUAACCAUAUAUAAACUAAAUUAUAUAUAUAUAUAUAUUGCAAAAAAUAAAAAUAAAUAUUAUUAUUCUACUGUAGACCUAAUAAUACAUACAUAUUUAUAAAAGUGAGAAGAAAAAAAACACGCUGAUGUUUGUGUAAAUUAUUUAUAUUAUAAAACUGUUUUAAGUUUUAAACAAUUUCAUAACUUAUUUUCAUGCUAUAUAAAAACAAAAACAAAUGCUAAAUUAAUGCAAUUUAAAAAAUGGUUAACUAUUAUAAACAAAACAAAAAAAAAAAUCAUUAAAAUUUAAGGUUUCUACACACAAUUUUGAAAAUAAAUUUAUAAAAAUCAAGAAUAAUAAAAAAAAAAUACGAGUACCUUUUUCAAAAUAUACGAGUAGAACAUACAAUUAUAAGUGAUGAAUCAGAAAAAUAAUAUAAGAAUAAAUAUAAAAAAAAUAAAAAA